UACUUUCGAAUUGGAGUUGAUUAUUCUUACCUUAGAACAUUUUGGCAAGCUAAAUAAUGUUUGGACAAAGCAGUCGGCGUCAGUAUAGCAAUUGGUAGCAGAGAAUUAGAAGCUCGGGCUACUGCUUCUUUGGCAGGUGUUUGUAAUUCUGUGAAUGACUUUCAGAAAGCAAAAAAACUUUGUGAGAAGGCGCUUACUAUCAGCAGAGAAUGUGGCUAUAGGGAUUUGGAAGCACGAGUUUACUUCAUCCUUGGAAAUACAUACCAUUUCCUCGGUAAAUGUGGCGAGGCAGAAGAUUGUGUGGAGAAAGCUUGUAUUAUAAGCAGCCAAAUUGGAGACAAAAUGAUGGAGUUUGAAAGCCUUAUCAAUAUCAUACAGUUCAAGUUAACGCAUUCAGAGGUUGCGGAGGCAAAGCAUUAUCUCAUUCAUUGCAUUGAAAAAUACGAGCAAGUCAGAACUUUUCUGGAAGGAAACAGUGAAUUUAAAAUGUCUUUGUUGGAGGUACACGGUACUUUUCCCUACCAGUUGCUCACUCGCUUGCUUUGCGAGACUGAAAAAUUUCAAGAUGCUCUCUAUCUAGAGGAACUGGGACGAGCAAGAGUCCUCGCAGAAUUAAUGGCAGACAAGUACUCCGUGGAAAGCCACAUCUCAGCUAAUCCACACUCAUGGGUCGGGAUUGAAAAAAUCGUGAAAAGAGAAAGUAACUCAGUUUUUUUGUAUAUUUCGUACGGAGAGCGGCAAGUUUUUCUCUGGGUGUUGAAAGCAAGUGGAGACACUUGCUUUCGAAAAUCAGACGAAGUAGAACUAAACACUCUUGAUGCUGAGCAAGUUUGCGAUGUGGAAGGAAUUUUUAAAAAGAGCGCCGUUUGGUUCGGCGUUUUACCCACAGCCAACUGUGAGGAUCGAUCUUUAGAUGACAACGUGACGAUAUCUCCUCGUGGAAACAGCCGAACAAAUUUACGAGGUGAACAAACCAAAGAUACCGAAAGAAUUCAUCAUUUGUGUUACGAAUGGAUCGUCGCGCCUGUGGCAGAUUUACUUACAGAGCCUGAAAUAAUCAUUGUCCCGGAUCGUUUUUCGUACCGAGUCCCAUUUGCUGCCUUGCGUGAUGAACCUGCCGGAAAGUAUUUGUCGGAGAGGUACAGACUACGCAUUGUCCCUUCCCUGACGUGCCUCCAACACAUUCAAGAAUGUCCAGCGGACUAUCACAGUCAAACUGAUGCACUGGUAGUGGGUGAUCCUACGGUUGGCGAAGUGCAUUAUAAUGGGCGUCACCUUCACAUUACACCAUUGUUCUGUGCAAACAAGGAAGCAAGGAUGGUUGGUGAACUGCUGGGCGUUGAGCCUUUGUUGGGAGGACGCGCAACAAAGCAGGUGGUACUUCAAGCAAUAUCCUCAGUGAGUCUGAUACAUCUUGCCGCACAUGGAAAUGCCGAAAGAGGAGAGAUUGCCCUCUCUCCACAAAGUGCUGCCAACAGUAUUCCACAAGAGAAAGACUACCUCCUGACUAUGUCCGACAUCCAAGGAAUUCAAGUGCGAGCUAAACUGGUUGUACUCAGCUGUUGUCACAGUGGGCGUGGAUUGGUUAAAAAAGAAGGAGUUGUUGGAAUUGCUCGAGCAUUCUUAGCAUCCGGUGCACGUUCAGUGUUGGUAGCAUCGUGGGCUUUAGAAGACAAAGCAACGGCAAACCUCAUGAAACAUUUCUAUAAACACCUUGUUCGUGGAGAAAGUGCCAGUGAAUCUCUUCACCAGGCCGUUCAAUGGUUGAGAAGCGAUGGCUUCCCCGAACCUUCCCAAUGGGCUCCGUUCGUACUGAUGGGGGAUAAUGUGACAUUUGAUUUCAUGAAAAAAGAGAAAUAAGAACUCAAGGAGGAUAACAAAAAGGCAAACAAAGGAAGAGAGUGACGACUGAUCCUAAAGACUCUUCAUCCUCCUUAUUAACUUUAAAUGGACACCGGUAUAUUACUUUGCGUAUACAUGUUUAAUUUUUUUUUCUUUUUUAAGUAAAGAAGUCGUUUUUACAUGUUUCUGCAAAUACGUUUGAAUCGAAACCGAGCGACAAUGAAACCUGRAAAAAUCGGCCGUUAGAUCUAUUAAGUAUAUCAAUAGGGAAUUAAAUUAAAUUGAGAUGGAAAAAUUGAACGCAGUAAAUUAGCUAAAAGUCUUAAGAUGAGAGAGUGUUGGCAAAAUUUCGUAAACACUCCCAAGUUAAUUCUUGAUUCACACAACCAUGAUCUAGUUCUUAAUUCUCCCGUAGCGUGCAAACGUGAUCAAAGAGUGAUAACUACUGUUCGAAGGCACAUGUAAAGGAGAUGAUAAAAUAACAAACAAGGGGAAGAGGGAACAAAAAAUACGCGAGAUACAACAUAAUAAUCUAAAAUUUAAACGGGGAAGGGAGUGCAAUAUACUAAAAAAAUUAGUAACAAAAAGAGAAAUAAAGAGAAACAGAAUUCAAAUUAUCGAGGUAAAAUUAAAAAAAAAUCAUUGCGCGACAUAACAAAUCAAUAGUCAAACAGAAGAGCCAGUUCGCAGGAUAUGAAUGUGACAAUCAGCCAGAAUUCAGAAAAAAAGACCAGGGGGAUGGAUGUUAAGAAACAAAUAAACAUUGGAAAAAUACAGCGGGCUAAAUAGUGACUUGGAGAUCGAACAUAGAAGAGAAAAUGCUAGAUUCUAACGCAAAAUUCGAUCAGAGAAGAGAAUGUACCACACGCAAGAUACAAAUAAAAUAAAGAAAUGAAAAAAAGACAAAAUCAAUGCGCAAUAUAUCCGUAACAAACAAAAGUAAAGAGAGGAAACAGGGGAAUCGUCAUAUUGGAAAGAAAAGGAAAAUCUAUUGCGCAAAACACUAAAGUAAAAGUCAAUCAGGAGAAGGGAAGAAACUAAAAAACGAAAAAAUAAACUAAAGUAAGAAACUGUAAACAUGAGCAUGUUACACAUGCGUGAGUUAUGUUUUGGAUGGCUGGGUUGAGAUAAGACAUUUUUA